AUGGUAUCAUUAAGAUUUGAUGGAAAAGUUGUUCUUGUAACUGGAGCUGGUGGUGGACUUGGAAAAACUUAUGCUAUUGAAUUUGCUAAAAGAGGUGCAAAAGUUGUUGUAAAUGAUCUUGGUGGAUCAGCUCAUGGAACAGAUUCAAGUACAUCAAUGGCUGAUAAAGUUGUCAAAGAAAUUAAAAAUGCAGGUGGUAUUGCUGUACCUAAUUAUGAUAGUGUUGAAUUUGGUGAAAAAUUAGUUAAAACAGCUAUUGAUAAUUUUGGAAGAAUAGAUAUUGUUAUUAAUAAUGCUGGUAUACUUCGUGAUAAAUCAUUUCAAAAAAUAAAUGAUAUUGAUUGGGAUUUAAUACAAAAAGUUCACUUAAAAGGGGCAUUUUCUGUAUCACAAGCAGCAUGGCCAUAUAUGAAAAAACAAAAUUAUGGAAGAAUUAUUGUUACAUCAUCUAAUUCUGGUGUUUAUGGAAACUUUGGACAAGCAAAUUAUGCUGCAGCCAAACUUGGCCUUAUUGGUCUUUCUAAUACUCUUGCUAUUGAAGGUGAAAAAUAUAAUAUAAAGGUUAAUUCUUUGAUACCAACUGCUGGAUCAAGACUAACAAUGACAGCUAUGCCAGAAGAUAUGGUUGAAGCAUUAAAACCAGAAUUUGUUACACCACUUGUUAUUUAUAUGGCUCAUGAAAGUUUUCCACAUUCUGGUGGUAUAUAUGAGGCUGGUGCUGGAUGGUAUGGUCAAGUACAAUUUUAUAGAUCACAAGGAAAAGUUAUUCCUCAAGCUACUGCUGAAGAUGUUGCUAAUAAUUGGGAUACUAUUAGUUGUAUGAAAAAUGCAAAACAUUAUGAAAGUGGAAAAGAUAUUCUUACCGAUUUAUUAGGGGCCCUUUCAGAAGAAAAACAGUCGGAAACAUUAUCUAAGAGUGAUGAAGUCAUAGAUAAUAUUGCAUGUGGCAUUGUAUUUAAAGAAAUUGAUGCAGCAAUUAAAGAGAAACCAGAAUUGGUAAAAAAUAUUAAAGCAAUAAUUGUUUAUAAUAUUUUAAAUCAUGGAAAAUCUGUUGCUAAUAUAGUUCUUGACUUCAAAAAUGCACCAUAUUCUGUUUACGAGGGUAAUGUAAAAAAUGGAAAAGCUAAUGCAACAGUUACUGUUGAAGAUGAAGAUUUUUUAAGCAUUGCUGCUGGAACAUUGAAUGCCCAAAAAGCUUUUAUGUCUGGAAAACUUAAAGUUAAAGGAAAUAUAAUGCUUCUUCAAAAAUUGCAAGGGAUUUUAGAAAAAAACAAACCAAAAGCUAAAUUGUAG